AUGAAACGCUUUAAAAUCAAUUUCACACAUGAACUUAGCAUCUCAAACCACCGUUCGUUGAUUUAUACUAUACUUGUCGCCUCGAUAAUAUCUAUUUCCGAAUGUAAACAACAGUUUGACUAUGAAUCCUUCAGCAAAAUUUCUCCAAUAAGCAAAAAUGACAUUAAAGACAUUGAAUUUUUGCAAAAGAAGGGUGACAAUAAAGAUGUCGAUUCUACUAAUGAGACCCUGAAAACUGGUUCAAAAUAUGUCAAAAAAAACGAAAAACAGGGUAAUAACAACAAUGAGCAACAGAAAACGGAGAUUGAGACAAAGAAACUAAAAUCCACCAUAAAAUCCCAUAAUUCAUCCAGUGCCAAUAACGCUGACAAUAGUGACAAAUCGGCCUUAACUAUUGGAACUGAGCCACAUCAUCUACACAAGCCAAAAGACGCUAAAUACCAUAAUAAUGAAGAUAAAAGUAACAGAAACAAUCAUAUAAGAGGGAAUGACUAUGUAAAUGAACAUGGAAAUAAACAUAAUACGUCGCAUUUGGAGGGAAACAAAACCGAUAAUCGCUACGCCGUAAUAAUAAUAUCUGUAUCCACUCUAAUAUUUUCAAUAUUUUUCCAAUGGAUUGGUGGUUUUAUUGAGAAUAAAGUGGAUAGUCAACAUGAUCAAUACGUAUCAAAUGUCUUCAACACAUGUUGCAGACAGGUGGCUACUAUUAGUCUAAUUAAUUUGGUACUGUGGAUAUUACUACAAUCGAAGAUAGCACUAUCACUGGAUCGCAUAUUUUUUGAAGAUGUGACAUAUUUAAUAUAUAAGAACCAUAUAUCUGAAGGUGUUUUGAAAACGAACACUAUUGAGAUUGCUUUUGAAUAUUCAUUAUACAUAUCAGUGUUACUGAUGAUGUGGUAUAUAUGUUAUUCACUCUAUUUCUACAUAAUUGUGCGAAACUUGAUAAAGUGGAUGCGCAAAGUGGAUGAACUAGAUGUGGAGCUCACAAUUCGAAAAAUAGACUAUGUCAAUAAGAAGUGGUUUUCAUGGUUACUAUAUAGUAAUUACAUUUCUAAGUGGCAAUUUUUGGCGUUAAGAUAUGAUUUUGAGGAAAAUGUCAACAAUACGCACAUACAAGGGUUGGACUCUGCUGGCAUUUAUUUUAUGGAUUAUUUGCGCGUUUCGCUUCUAGAAAAAUCAUACAAAUUACUAAGAAUGCCGAAUUAUUCCUUCAUAAUCAUUCUAUUAGGCAUUCUAUCAUUAGGGACUAAAUUUAAUAAGGAAAACGAGGCAUCCAUUCUCUGUAUCCUGCUAUCACUCUGUUUAAUAAUCCUAUUCUUACUAUAUGUGCACAUAAAAUCAAUUCAUAACAAGUUGACACCCACAAACUUAUCGCAUUAUUUGUCGUCGAAAAAGCACAAAGAUGCCAAUGCAGAUCAACACGUGGAGGAAUUGGGGGAUGAUGAAACAGUGAAACCACAAUACAAACUAAAGCCACUAAAGCCCAUGAAUCCAAAAUUUUACACUGAAUACCUUUACGGGACUUUGAACCCCAACAAACACGACCAACUCUUCUACUUCAUGUCUAAUGGCCCCAGUGUGCUAUUAAGUGCUAUAACGACGACUAACUUCAUUAUUCUGAUGCUAUUGUCAUUGUGGUUAUGCCUAUUACAUGAGCACAGUGACAUUUGGUUAAACAAUAAUUUUGGUGCCAACUGGUUCAUCGGUUUCAUCAUAAUUGUAAUAUGCUUUAUUUGGCCAAACUUAUUAUAUUCACUUCUAGUGGUUACACAAGGGGGAAUGAUGAUCAAUGUUGAUACUCUAGCCUCAGUUUGGGAGGCUAGGCGGGCUGAAAAUACUAAACAUGGCACGGAGUUGAUAGAUGGCAUAGGAUUACACGCUGGUUUAUACUCAUUGAUAUCUGGAGGGGAUGUGCAGUGGAGGCAUUUGUUGGCCAAAUUUAAGACCUUUUCUAUAGCCAUAAGGGAACAGCUGAUCUCAUCCUGGAACAACUUGCAGGAGAACAAGGGAGGGGGCGGCAGUGUAACAAACAAACAAGCAGCCAAAUAUCUAUAUUCACAGGGAUUAACAAACGUUCCUCCAAAGCUGGUUAAUGAUUUUAUUAAAUCAUUUUCAAGGACCAUACCUGGCAAGUUGACCCAGGAGGAAUUCCUAAUGUUUGCGUUAAUGGUCAAGCAAGUGAUCGUAAGCCCUUUGGAUACAGUGACGCUUAAGCCUUUAUUUGAAGAAGUUUAUAAAAUACCAUGGACUUGUGAAAAUGGAAUAAAUUGCGUGAGCUUACAAUUCAUAUGCCAACAAAUUGGCCUCAAGUGGAGUUACGGAACGAGGAAACACUUUAUAGACUUUUUAAGUGCUGGAACUAAGACAGUGAUGUCUCCAGAAGAUUUUGUGGCUUAUAUGCGUGACUUUGAAGACUAUAUCAUGCAAAAGGCGCAAGAUAACAGUCACUAUAUCUUCUAUGACAGUGACAUCCAGGCACCUGUCAAGUAA